AUGCCACCGGUGCCAAUUAUAUCGCGGUGGUCCAAAAGCCCCGCGCUCAAAGAGCCCGGCUCAAAACGGUUGCAGAGGGGCGCCUCAGAGGUCUUCCCCCCGCGCAACCGUACUUCCGCAACCACUUCCCCCAGAGGUAUUGGUCCCCGCGCCAGCACCAAAGCAAUGCCCGCGCCCGCGGAGCAGGGCGGCAUAGACAGCGACAUUUCCCUUGUCUGCGAACUCGCAGAGAAGAUUGAUCUCGCUGAGAUUAGCACUUUCGCGUACAAAAUUAGGUCCGUGAGAAAUAUCCAGGAACGUAUAAGGGCUUUGGCCGACCACACAGCAGUGGUCGAAGCUCUAAAAAGCGUGCGA